AUAGCAGCGCCCGGUCCCGCCCCGGCCCCCGCCUCAGGGCGCUCUCCGCACGCCGGCUGGCUGCCCGGGCCUCGGCCGGCACCCACCCUCCAGCCCGGGAUCGGAGCCCGCUCCCACCGCCACGAUUAGGGAAGCCUUGGCCCGAGGCCCCGCGGAGUGAGCAGCAUGUGGCACCCUGCAGCCUGCCCAGUACUCUUCUGUCUGCUGCUCUGCCCCCCCAGGAGGCCCUGACGCCCUGGGGCACUUCUGUUGUGCACAGGACUACGUGGGGGUUUGCCAUGGUGACAUAAAGGGGCACAGGGGAAGGAAGGAGCGCAACCAGCCUGUGGACUGCGCCCCUGGCUGGGAGGAAGGGCCAGGGGCCCGGAUCCUCCACUCCCACUGCCCACUGAGGACCUUGCUUGCUAAGUCUCUGUGAAUUUGUUGGUCAGUAGACAACUCUUGGGUUUCCUCUUGUGUUGGGCCUUGGGGUGGCCAGGGCAGGCCGAGCCUCCGGUGGCCCAGGUCUCGGGGGCCAGGAUGCCCUCCCUGGCGCGUCUCCGCAGGCUAUGUCGGCACGUGUCCCCGCAGGCUGUCCUGUUCCUGCUGUUCAUCUUCUGCCUGUUCAGUGUCUUUGUCUCGGCCUACUACCUGUAUGGCUGGAAGCGGGGCCUGGAGCCCUCGGCGGAAGCUGCCGAGCCUGACAGCGGGGACCCGCCACCUGUGGCCCCCAGCCGCCUGCUGCCACUCAAGCCCAUGCAGGCGGCUGCCCCUUCCCGCACGGACCCGCUGGUGCUGGUGUUUGUGGAGAGCCUGUACUCGCAGCUGGGCCAGGAGGUGGUGGCCAUCCUGGAGUCCAGUCGCUUCAAGUACCGCACUGAGAUUGCCCCGGGCAAAGGUGACAUGCCCACGCUCACCGACAAGGGCCGUGGCCGCUUCGCCCUUGUCAUCUAUGAGAACAUCCUCAAGUACGUCAACCUGGACUCCUGGAACCGGGAGCUGCUGGACAAGUACUGUGUGGCCUACGGCGUGGGCAUCAUCGGCUUCUUCAAGGCCAACGAGAACAGCCUGCUGAGCGCGCAGCUCAAGGGCUUCCCCCUGUUCCUGCACUCGAACCUGGGCCUGAAGGACUGCAGUAUCAACCCCAAGUCCCCUCUGCUCUACGUGACGAGGCCCAGCGAGGUGGAGAAGGGUGUGUUGCCGGGCGAGGACUGGACGGUGUUCCAGUCGAACCACUCCACCUAUGAGCCGGUGCUGUUGGCCAAGACGCGCUCGUCCGAGUCCAUCCCACACCUGGGCGCAGACGCUGGCCUGCACGCUGCGCUGCACGCCACGGUGGUCCAGGACCUGGGCCUCCACGACGGCAUCCAGCGCGUGCUGUUCGGCAACAACCUCAACUUCUGGCUGCACAAGCUCGUCUUUGUCGACGCCGUGGCCUUCCUCACUGGCAAGCGCCUGUCGCUGCCUUUGGAGCGCUACAUCCUGGUGGACAUCGACGACAUCUUUGUGGGCAAGGAGGGCACACGCAUGAAGGUGGAGGACGUGAAGGCCCUGUUUGACACACAGAAUGAACUCCGCACACACAUCCCUAAUUUCACCUUCAACAUGGGCUACUCAGGGAAAUUCUUCCACACAGGUACCGACGCCGAGGACGCGGGCGAUGACCUGCUGCUGUCCUAUGUGAAGGAGUUCUGGUGGUUCCCCCACAUGUGGAGCCACAUGCAGCCCCACCUCUUCCACAACCAGUCAGUGCUGGCUGAGCAGAUGGCCCUGAACAAGAAGUUCGCUGUCGAGCAUGGCAUUCCCACCGACAUGGGGUACGCGGUGGCACCUCACCACUCGGGUGUGUACCCUGUGCACGUGCAGCUGUAUGAGGCCUGGAAGCAGGUGUGGGGCAUCCGCGUGACGAGCACGGAGGAGUAUCCUCACCUGAAGCCGGCCCGCUACCGCCGUGGCUUCAUCCACAAUGGCAUCAUGGUCCUCCCCCGGCAGACCUGUGGCCUCUUCACACAUACCAUCUUCUACAACGAGUACCCAGGGGGCUCUGGUGAGCUGGACAAGAUCAUCAAUGGGGGCGAGCUCUUCCUCACCGUGCUCCUCAACCCUAUCAGCAUCUUCAUGACACACCUGUCCAACUAUGGCAAUGACCGCCUGGGCCUAUACACCUUCAAGCACCUGGUGCACUUCCUGCACUCCUGGACCAACCUCCGGCUGCAGACACUACCCCCUGUGCAGCUGGCUCAGAAGUAUUUCCAGAUCUUCUCUGAGGAGAAGGACCCUCUCUGGCAGGACCCGUGUGAGGACAAGCGCCACAAAGACAUCUGGUCUAAGGAGAAGACAUGUGACCGCUUCCCAAAGCUUCUCAUCAUUGGCCCUCAGAAAACAGGCACCACAGCCCUCUACCUGUUCCUGGGCAUGCACCCCGACCUCAGCAGCAACUACCCCAGCUCCGAGACAUUUGAGGAAAUCCAGUUUUUUAAUGGCCACAACUAUCACAAAGGCAUCGACUGGUACAUGGAGUUUUUCCCUAUCCCCUCCAACACCACCUCUGAUUUCUACUUUGAGAAAAGCGCCAACUACUUUGAUUCAGAAGUGGCACCCCGGCGGGCAGCUGCCCUGUUGCCCAAGGCUAAGGUCCUGACCAUCCUCAUCAACCCAGCCGACCGGGCCUAUUCCUGGUACCAGCAUCAGAGAGCGCAUGACGACCCAGUGGCCCUGAAGUACACGUUCCACGAGGUGAUCACAGCGGGGCCUGACGCAUCUCCGAAGCUCCGUGCCCUCCAGAACCGCUGCCUGGUCCCGGGCUGGUACGCCACCCACAUCGAGCGCUGGCUCAGCGCCUUCCAUGCCAACCAGAUUCUAGUCUUGGAUGGCAAGCUGCUGCGAACAGAACCUGCCAAAGUGAUGGACACAGUGCAAAAGUUCCUUGGAGUGACAAACACCAUUGAUUACCACAAAACCUUGGCGUUUGAUCCAAAGAAAGGAUUUUGGUGCCAGCUGCUUGAAGGAGGAAAAACCAAGUGUCUGGGCAAAAGCAAGGGCCGGAAGUACCCUGAGAUGGACUUGGAUUCCCGCGCCUUCCUAAAGGACUAUUACCGGGACCACAAUGUUGAGCUUUCCAAGCUGCUGUACAAAAUGGGCCAGACUCUGCCCACCUGGCUGCGGGAGGACCUCCAGAACACCAGGUAGCCAUGGCUACCACAGCCUGAGGAAUGCUUGUGAUGGCAGGGACGUCCCGUCGCACGCUGAGCCAGACUGACCGGCAGAGUGGGGAGCCGGGUCUGGGCUGGCCGAGCACUUACGAGCAAUACUCCGCUAAGGCCCGGGCAGGGCCACGAGCGCCUCCGGUCAUCCAGUGUUGAGCCUGCGGCUUGUGGGGCCUCCGGAGGUCCGUUCUGUUCACAGCCUUUCAUGGGAGGCCACUUCCUGUUGGUGGGAGGCCACUUCCUGGUAGGAGGAAGUCCGUCAGACUCUUCUGUCCCUCACUGUGCUCUACCAACCUUACUCUCCCUUCAUCCCAUUGUCCCCUGCCCCAGCAGGGUUUCCCUCAGUAUUAGCUGCCAUGUUUUCCCUGUCCUCCAGACAGCAAGGGAGAAAAGCCCAGAUGGGUCUUUUGCCAAACCAGGGAGAGAGACUGGACAUUUCCCUGACCAUUUCGAGCCAGACCCUUUGGAGGGGUCAGCUGGAUACCUGGGACAGGCAUCAGACUGACCAAGAUGGUGGCCACCUGCCAAGAAGGUCAAAUCUGCUCACACCUUCCCACCUCACCUUCCCUUUUGGGGAGGGAGUCAUUGGUUCCGACAGUAUCCACCCGGUCCUCAAGGCCUCCCCAGGCCCUGGGGUACUGCCAUGCCAUUUGGACCUAGAGAUCCAGGCUUCCCUCCUACCCCUUUCACCCUGGGAUACAACGUGUGUGGUGUUUCCUGUGGUAAAAGACUUAGGCGGUUCAGGAGUCUGCCAGUAUACACGUUCCAAUGUACAUACGUGUCCCCAGGCCCCCGGCCGUGGCCCCCACGGCACUGGGCAGAGCGGGUGAGACUAUUUCCACUGCUGUGCUCCAGCAACCUGUGGCCAAGGGUUCCUGGAGACCCCCCCUAACCUCCCCAAUACUAAGAAGCUAAAGUAUUUUAAUAUUUUGGUUUUUUUUUUCUGGUGCCAGAGUUUAUACCCUGGGUGCUGGGGUCGCACUGUGUUUUAUAUAUAUGUAUAUAUGUAUGUGUAUAUUCGCACGUAUACACACACAUAUAUAAUGUGUAUAUAUAUAUAUAUAUUAUAUUUUUUUGGUUGGGUUUGUUUUUAAUUCAGUUGUACAAAUGGUGGCAGUGUGUCGUGUCCCAGUGCCGGAGCGGGAGGUGAAGAGGUGGGGAGGUGUGUCUCCGUGUGUUUCUGGAGGCCGAGUGGAACUGUCCUCUGGAGACCUCUGUCCGUCUCCCGUGGCUGUCCUGGGGCUGCCCCAUGUGAACAGAGGUGGUGACAGGUGCACAGGGAAGAUUACUCGCGCCAGGAAAUGCGGCUGCGUGAAGCCUAGGAACCCAGGGCAAUUUUGGCCAAAGGAAACAGCCAGGCUGGGGUAGGACCCAGGGCCCACAGCUGGCCCAUCCCCCUCCCCUCACAUGGUGCUAGGUUGGGAGCUGCCCGGGCGCUGGGAGGCCCACCGAGACCCCUACGGCCGCUCCAGGCUGCCCUGCAGACAGCAGGGUCCCUGGGCUGUUUCUGGUUGGGAUCUGCUCCUUCCCUCUUUUUAACAAUGUGAAGUAAUAAGGCCGGGGUGCCUCUCCCCAGCCCCUUCCCACCACCAGUUCAUUUUCGAGCUGACACCCAGGGACUCCUGUCUGGAGAGCCUUGUCUUGUUCAGAAGCUUUAGCAUCCUGCGGCUGGAAGGGUCCUCUGACAGGUUUGGAAACAGGUCCCGAAAGAGGCUGCCUGGGCCAGCGGCAUGGAGCUGGUUGGGAGUGGGCCGAGAGUUGAACCUGAAGCUCCUGAGUCAGAGUCCUGUGCUCUUCUUCCAGUGCCACACUGCCUCUGAGCCCGUCUCUGGGUCCCACCUGUGCCAGGUUCCUGCCCCUCCCUCGGUCACACCCUUGGUCAUUCCAGGACAUGGGGACAAACCACUCCUUGCUAGCCAGGGUGCCUUCGAGCCUUCUCAGCUCCAGAUCUGCAUUUACAUCCCUACCUUCGCUCGCCUGCCUCCGCGGUCCUCCCAAACUGCAGGGCCUGGAUCUGUCUCAGCUCUGAACCGAUCCUCUCUUCCCACAUUCUCCAUCAGGAUGGAGACAAAAGUCAGAAGCUCAAUGGUUGGAUGGUUUCCUGUGGUCGCGCUGCCUGUGAGGAAAGUGGUCUUUCCUGGAGUGCCCCUAGCAGUGCUGUCAAGCCUAGAACCUGGGUAGGGUCAGCUCACAGUGCAUAGGGAGCCCAGUACCUCCUCACACGCUUGUGAAGAUCCGCCUGCACUGUGGAGCCCGGCUCCAGCGUGGGCGACCCGGGUGCAGAGCCCAGGCCUCUGUCCACCUGUCAGCGAGGCCUGGGCUGCGUGACGCCUGAGGACCUACCAAAUUGCAUUCUGACAUCUGCCAGGUAGCUCUCUGCUUCUGGCCCAGGGAGGGAGCAGACAGGUUGGAAACCCUGUGGGAGCAGAGAAUAUACUGAGGACUGUUGUCCAGGCUCUUCUUGGGGGGCUGGCACUUCACCUGCCACACGUCCUUAUGUGUCUGGUCAUGACGACUUCACCCCUUCCCACGACCCAUUGUCUGUUGGACACCCACAGUUGGGACCUGCAGGUGUUGGGAGGAAGAGAGAGAUGCCCCUUUGGGGCUCUGUGGCUGAGCACAUGGAUGCCCCUCACAGGAGAAAAACAGGGUCAGUGGGUGCGGUAACAUCUUUAGAGGUCACCAAUGCACUAUCAGUGGUUGGCCAGAAAACUUACACACACACACACACACACACACACACAC